CCUCGCGCAGCAGCAGCGGGCGGCGCGGCGCGGCGCGACGCGACGCCGAGUGGCGCAUCCUCCCGUCCCGUCCCGUGAUUUGGCUGCCUCUUCGCCGCCCGUGGCAGGGGGAGGGGAGGCAUGGGAAACGCGAGCGGGCGGGAGGAGGACCCCGCCGGGGAGGGCGACGUCGAGGACUCGGGCGGGGACUCGUCCGUCCGGUCCUCGGAGCGCGGCUUCCCUCCGUACGGCGGAGCGGGCAACAACGUGCGGCGCGCGUGCUCGGUGGGCGUCGUCGGGGGCGGCGGGGGCGCCGGAUCGCCGCCCGGGAGCCCCGGCCGCUCCCUCUCGCCGCGGAUGUUCGUGCCCCAGACACCUGUGCCUCCACUCCAAAGAGCAGCUGAUAUAACUCCAGUGUUCAACCGGAUACUAAUGAAUGAACAAGAAGAAGACUUUGAUGGCCCCCCUCAAAAGGAAAUUCCUGCCUUGAUCGUGUGGACGCUUGGAGGAAAGAAUGUAUCUGUUGAAGGAUCCUGGGAUAACUGGAAAUCAAGGAAACCCAUGCAGAAAUCUGGGAAAGAUCAUUCGCUUCUGUUGAUACUUCCAUCGGGAGUUUACCGUUACAGAUUUGUUGUAGAUGGAGAAAGGAGAUGUCUUCCUGAUCUUCCUUGUGAAACUGAUAUCAUGGGCAAUGCUGUUAACCUUCUAGAUGUUCAUGAUUUUGUCCCUGAAAGUGUUGAGAGUGUAGCAGAAUUUGAGCCUCCCCCAUCCCCCGAUUCUAGCUACAAUUUCCAGGCACCUGAGGAAAAGGACUUCUCAAAAGAGCCACCUUCUCUUCCAUCCCAGCUCCAUCUCGGUGUUCUUAACUCACAGAACUCGGAAGAAAGUUGUGCACGGCCCCAGCACAUAGUCCUCAACCACCUCUUCAUCGAGAAAGGCUGGGGCGCCCAUCCACUGGUGGCCCUUGGUUUAACCCACAGGUUUGAGUCCAAAUAUGUAACCGUCGUCCUGUAUAAGCCCAUUGAACGAUAACGUAGUCACCCCAUGAAGUGGAAGUUAGCUUGACAACUCACUGCGGAACCAGCAACGUCGAUGCCUCGCUUCCUGUAAAAGCACUUCAGGUUCAGGAGUAUUUCCGAUAACUUGCAGGAACUUUGGUUGGUGUUGUACAUGAUGUAUCAUCAUGAUGUCUGGCCUCCUGGUCUGUUUACCUCAGAGGGGCCAAAGCAUCCUGAGUUUUUACAUAUCAGCAUUUCGUUGUUCUCGAUGCUCAAGGUAUGAAAUGUGUAGAAAAUACCACUUAGAACCGUGGAAAUCCACGAAAUCAUAGGUGCCAGAGUUAGAUCUUGUGAUCCAUAGAUUCUUAAUUAUUUUGAACGAUCCUGUUGUUUGUUCUUAUAUGUAAUAAAAACAGAGUUGCUCAUUUACUA